AUGUGCUUUGAAACACUUGAUCGGACGCUCAGGGAUCUUUUAUCAGUUACUGAUCAACAUAAGACACAUCAACCAUUUGGUGGAAAGGUUAUGGUUCUAGGAGGCGAUUUCAGACAGAUACUUCUGGUGAUUGCAAAAGAGAGUAGACACGAUAUAUUGUCAUCAGCUAUUAACUCAUUCCAUCUGUGGUUAUUCUGUAAGGUUCUUAAGCUGCAUACGAACAUGAGACUUUUAAUGUCUUCUUUGGGUCAACGUGAUGAUUACAAGUAUUUUCAGAGUAGGGCAAUUCUUGCACUCAUGCUUGAGAGUGUCGAGAAGGUAAACGAUUUCGUCUCGACAAUCUUUCCAGAGAUGGAAAAUAAGUAUUUAAGUUAUGACACAACAUGUCAAGCUGAUGAGAAUGAAGAUCCAGGAGUCGUUGUAAUUCUACUGCAAAACAUAGACGAGACUUCAAGUUUAUACAAUGGAACAAGGUUAAUAGUUAACGAACUUGACAACAACGUAAUUGGAGCGUCGGUAGUGACCGGUAGAAAUAUUGGCGACAAAGUGUACAUUUCAAGAAUGAACUUGAUCCCUUCAGAUUUAUGA